UGAACCUCUCCCCCUCGUCGUGUCCCGUCUGUUUCCAAACCAGUAAAUUACAGUACUUGUAAACAGCGCGGCGAAUGAGCUUCUUCUUUAUCCUCCGUGGUGUUUUACGAUGAAACAACAACCUUAAACGUGACCGUAUGUACCGAGCAGACGUCCACGCCGUUACACGCGGGGCUUUGAGUUCACCUGGACGCCCGUGGAAAGCCAGCCAGCCCCGCGUGAGCUGACGUUAUUUCCCUGAGCGAGACUUCUGAGAGUCAGCCUUCAACCUCGAGCCCACAAGCUCUCGUGUCAGACGUGUCCCUCCCUUCACUUGUGGUCCAGUGACACGCCGUCCCCACGGGACAGAGACACGAGCCGUACCUGUGUAAUAUCUUCAUCCAUAUGAAAGGUGUCCGAUUUUUAAAAUAUCUCUUUGUUCAUUAUACCAGAGUCUGUUGCAGGACACCACAGUUUUAGUUUUCUAAUAUCACACAGCUAAAAUCUUUGACUGUUUUCUUCCCUUUUAAAAACAAUAAUCAUACACAAGAACAUCAAACUACAUAUGUUUGGCUCAAGCAGCAAGUGUUUAAUCUUCUCUGGAAUUGGUUUCAAGAAAACCAAGUAUUGUGUGCAUGUGGAAGAGCUUAUUGUUUCUUUAAAUCCCAGAAGAGAUACUGAAACCUCACAGAGUCACUCUGCUGCGGUCAGCAUUCAGGCUUCCUCUCUCCCUUAAGCAGCCAGACCUCACAAGUCACAAGACCUCAGAUUCCAGUAAAAAGGUUGUUUCUUUGGGGGGGGUUGUGAGCUCAACUCCCAUCAGCUGUGUCUUUGUGCUCGGGAAUUGCGGAGCUUUAAUCUGACCUGAAGCUGAAACAUCCGUCACACAUUAAAUCAUUCCUUCUUUCACAAUGAAGACGGACGUCGCUUACAACCAGCUGGUGGACAUGGAAAGGAGGCAAGAGGCCAACCGGAAAGCACAGAUAAACUGCAGGUGCGCGAUAGCUCUGGUCACUGUGGCUGUUGUGCUGCUGGCCGCCACGGCCCUCUAUAUCGUCCUGACACUGAGGGUUUCCUCCUCCCAUCCGGCCCCCAGCAGCAGCCUCCAUCCCCCCCGGCGAGAGUCCUGCUCAGACCCCUGCAAGAUCGUUUUGGUGGAGAGCAUCCCUGAAGGUCUGGAGUUUAACUCCAGCACCACUCACCCCACCAUCUUCAAGGCCUGGCUCAAUCUGAUGGGCGAGGCCCGCAGCAGUAUCGACAUCGCCUCCUUCUAUUGGUCGCUCACUAAUAAAGACACCGGCACUCACGAGCCAACAGCCAAUCAGGGUGAGACCAUUCUGAACACACUGGCUGACCUCUCCGGGAAGCUGUCUGUUCGGAUUGCAGUGAACACACCACAGGGGAGUCAACCGCAAGGGGACCUCAGACUGCUCAACAACUCAGGAGCUGAUAUCAGGACAGUUAACAUGAAAGAGCUCACCUCAGGAGUCCUCCACACAAAGUUCUGGGUCGUGGACAAGAAACACAUUUACAUCGGCAGUGCCAACAUGGACUGGAGAUCCCUCACACAGGUGAAGGAGCUCGGCGCGGUGGUCUACAACUGCAGCUGUUUGGCAGCGGACCUGGGUAAGAUCUUCGAAGCCUAUUGGCUCCUGGGAGACAGUGAGUCGAUUCCGUCGCCUUGGCCGAGCAGCUUCGCCACCCUCUACAACAAGGACACGCCCCUCCAGCUGCCGCUCAACAGCACGCCGUCCAGUGUCUACCUGUCGAGUUCCCCUCCGUCCUUCUGUGCAGCCGGCAGGACGCCAGACCUUCAGUCCAUCCUCAGCGUGAUGGAGGACGCCGAGAGCUUCAUCUACAUCGCUGUCAUGAACUACCUUCCCACCAUGGAGUUCUCCCAUCCUAAAAGGUACUGGGCUGACAUCGACACCCAGUUGAGGCGAGUCGGGUACGAGAAGCGGGUCAAGGUGCGCCUGCUGAUCAGCUGCUGGGCCAGCACCAAACCGGUCAUGUUUUCCUUCCUGAAGUCUCUGGCCUCCGUGUACGACCCCAAGAGCGGGCUGGACAUCCAGGUGAGGCUGUUUGUGGUGCCGGCCAGCCCCAAGCAGAAGGAGAUUCCCUUUGCCCGAGUCAACCACAACAAGUACAUGGUGACCGAUAAGAUAGCCUACAUAGGUACGUCUAACUGGUCUGGUGACUACUUUGUGAGCACGGCUGGCUCGGCGCUGGUUGUCAACCAGACUGCGUCGGUGUCCCCGGAGCCGACCGUCCAAUCGCAGCUGAGGGCCGUGUUCGAGAGGGACUGGGACUCCAACUACAGCACCCCUGUCGCCCAGCACUUCAACCACAAGCACUUGUGUUAGUUCCGACAGCCGGCGUCCCAGAUACCACCAGCGGCGUGGAUCCUUCUGUUCCAACACGGGUUGCAGUGCUGUAGUGGCCCAUUUGUUUUAGUAUUUAAAGUCUCAUGCAUUUUGUUUUAGUAUUUAAAGUCUCAUGCAUUUUGCACCAGCCUGCUGAGGCGGUUGUACACACAGUGAACAUGGAAACUCUUGAGUUGAGCAAUCGGACGACGGUGGAGCGGAGUUUCGCAGCUGGCCAAGUUCCAACGGAAGAUAGUUGACUUCCAGUGAACCCGGCUAACCACAGCUUUAGUGCUAACUCCUAUUCGACCAGAGUAAUGUGCCAUCGAACCAGUAAACUGCCCAGUACUGCCAGUCUUACGCUGUCAAAGGGUCGUUCACAGGUGCCUGUUUGUUUAAUCUUAAGGCAAUAAUCAUUUUGCAUCUUCUUUGUGUUUCUAUCAAAGCGGUCAAAGUCCAUGUGUGUGUAAUAAGACGUCCGUAGCGUCGGACUCUAUUGGUGGCAUCGUUAAACCAUGAACAGGCCGUUGUUUCUCCUGAAAACCCCCAACUGACUUUAUUUACCAUGUACUGUGAGGCCAGGAGCAGAAGAGGGUGCUGUGUCGGCUUUCUUUUAGUCCGGUCUGUUUCCUGAUGAAUCACCGGGAGGGUUCCAACUGGCUCCCAUAAAACACCAGCGGGUCAAGUGGUCUAUUCAUUGAUCACCUCAUCAGCAUCAGCCUCAGUGGGAGUUUUUGUUUUUAAUAUCCCAGCUUGCCUCAGGGAGUAAUGUUUGUUUUCUUAAUUAAUCAUUUUAGUUUGCUCUGGAAUAAUUAAUGUUCACGCUGGUGAACUGUGCUGUAAAUAAGAUGAAGGCUUUUUAAAUUUGACUCAGUCUUCUUGACUUUUUACAAUGAACUCAUUUAAUACUAAAUCAGCGCUGUACAUAAUAGAUUGAACGUUUUUAAUUUCCACUGUGUGGAGUGAUUGAAAGAACCAAUUGGUGGUUGUUAUGGCAACUGAAGACACUAGUCGGGGCGUGCUGCUAGAAUUGUUGUGUACAUGUCUUUAUCAGCUCCCUCUUCAUACAGAAAUCACUCACAAUAAAUGUAUUUGAAUCAAA